AUGUCCGCCUCUUUCAUUCCCGGGACGACAGCUAUUUCUGCAUCUGCAUCGACACCUGCGUCAUCAUCACUGUCCUCUCCACCCCCGCCUUCAGGGACGGGUACAUCUGAGGUCACAGGCUCGUCCGUCCAGACCUCGACGCUACUCCCCGCGCGAAGCGGCGCCACGCGCGGUGCCCUUCCUGCGUCCGCGGCGUGGGCAUGGACGACUACGUACGUGCUCCCUGCGCUUCUCGUGUUCUGCUUCUCCCGGGCGGGGGCGGCAAGGCGCGAGGGGGUUAGCGAGAAGGGCGAGGUACGCACGCAGGAGGAGGACGCGACUGAGUGGAGGGGGCCGGGCCAGGGAGAAGGAGGCGAGGCGAGAAGCAAACUCUAUGGACGAGCGGACGGACGCGGAGGUUCUUUCGGCUACGAACAGCCUGCAGAGGCUACAUCGCUACCCAGUUUUCUAUAUAAGACUUUUGUCUCGACCACUGCGAACUCGUCGCACCCAGGUCAGCCAACGAAGGCACAUGGCGCAAUACCACAAGCAGAGGCAGGCGUCCGUCUCUCUUCCGCAUAUCACACCACGCGCUCGCGUUAUCGCACCUCGUACACGUAA